AUGGCACCUAAAAAACUCACUCUUGUUCUCAACAUAUUCUUCCUCUUUCUCAUAUUCCUAUCCCUCAAACUUUAUAUCAAUCCUUCAAACCCUAAUUCUCAUCAUGUUUCCACAAAAUUAUUCAACCAUGCUAGAAUUCUCACUAGUGACAUCAUAGUUGAUUCAUGCAAUGAGCUUCAUAAAUACUCAAAUUACACCUCUAAGUGCAUUUAUGUCAAAACACAUCCUGAUUGUAGAUCAAAGGGUUACAUAAACUAUCUCCAAAUCUUUUAUUGUAACCUUGGAAGCUCACCAAUUCUUGGUCACACAUUACUUUUGUUAUGGCUUGUAAUUUUGUUCUAUCUCUUAGCUGACACGGCUUCGAAUUACUUUUGCACCUCCCUUGAAGGUUUGUCUAAUAUUUUGAGACUUUCUCCAACUAUAGCUGGUGUAACAUUGCUUUCUCUUGGUAAUGGUGCUCCUGAUUUCUUUGCUAGUGUUGUUUCUUUCACAAGUUCAAAUAAUGGUGCUGUUGGUUUGAAUAGCAUUUUGGGGGGUGCAUUUUUUGUUUCCACAGCUGUUUUAGGUAUCAUAAGCAUUCUAGUUAGCUCUAAUGAAGUUGCAGUUGAUAAAGCUAGUUUCAUUAGAGAUGUCAUUUUCUUCUUAUUCUCUUUGUUCAUUCUUCUCAUCAUCAUUUCCAUUGGUAAAAUUAGCCUUUUUGGUUCAAUUUGCUACCUUUCUAUCUAUUUUCUUUAUGUUUGUGCCGUCUCGGCCACACAUUUCAUCUACGAAGUUGACAAAAAAGAAGUUGAAUCUUCGUCAUCUUCUGAUGAUUUAGUUGAGUCCGGCAUACCAUUAUUAGGUUAUGUCGAUGAUACUGAUAAUGAUUCUGAUCAAAAAUCAAUUUCACCAAACCAAGUUGGUAUUGGUAUAGAUGAAAGCCAGAAGAAGAAUAAAGAAUUGUUUUAUGGAUCUUACUACUUAUGGAAGUUUCUAGAAAUACUCGAAUUACCACUUUGUUUACCGAGAAAACUAACUAUACCUGUUGUGAGCGAGGAACAAUGGUCGAAACCCUACGCAGUUAUAUCAGUUACCCUAGCACCGAUUUUAUUCGCGAUUCUUUGCAACACACAAAUAGAAAAUGUGGAUUCAAAGAGUACUUUAGUUGCAUAUUUAACAUCUUCAUUAAUUGGAAUUGUUUUUGGAAACAUGGCAUGUGUGACAACAAAAAGUACAAGACCACCUAGGAGAUGUUUGUUCCCAUGGCUAGCUGGUGGAUUUUCAAUGAGUGUGACAUGGACUUACAUAAUUGCUGAGGAACUUGUUUCACUUUUGAUUUCAAUUGGAUAUGUAAUUGGUGUUAGUCCUUCAAUUUUAGGGUUAACUGUUCUAGCAUGGGGAAAUUCUUUAGGAGAUUUGAUUGCAAAUGGUGCUAUGGCUAAAAAUGGUGGUGUAGAUGGUGCACAGAUUGCUGUUUCAGGUUGCUAUGCUGGUCCUAUGUUUAAUAUGUUGAUGGGAUUAGGGUUACCUCUUGUUCUUUCAGCUUGGAGUGAAUACCCUAAUUCUUAUGUUGUUCCUAAGGAUAGUUCACUUUUGGGGACAAUUUUGUUUUUGAUGGUAGGGGUACUUUGGUCACUUGUGGUUUUGGUUAAGAAGAAUAUGAAGCUUGAUAAGUUUUUAGGGGCUGGUCUCUUGACCAUUUAUCUUUGCUUUUUGUUUCUAAGGUUAGCUAUGGCAAUUGGUGUUCUUAAUUGA